AUGAAGCGUAAACUCGAUGCCAAUGAUGUCCCUGUACCGACAGAAGAAUCCGAUACCACAAAGGAGAAUGUCACUUUCGCUAGUUUAGGACUGGAUGCGCGUCUACUCCAAGGAAUCGCAAAGCAAAACUUUCAAUCCCCAACACUCGUACAAAGCAAAGCGAUUCCGCUCACAUUGGAAGGCCGCGAUGUCUUAGCUAGAGCAAAGACUGGGUCCGGAAAAACUGCUGCUUACUUACUACCAAUCCUUCAUUCGAUAUUAAAGAGAAAGGAGCUUUCACCCACCCAAUGCACGACCGCCCUCAUUCUUGUACCUACUCGAGAACUUGCGGAUCAAGUCUACAAAACAGUUGAAUCUUUUACAACAUUCUGUGCGAAAGAUAUCCGAGCAGUCAACCUCACCCAGCGAGUUUCCGAUGCAGUUCAACGAUCACUUCUUGCAGAUUCCCCAGAUAUCGUGAUUGCGACACCUGCGAGAGCUUCGCUAAAUGCCAACACCUCUGCACUUUCCCUCGCAAAUCUUACACACAUGGUAAUUGAUGAAGCCGAUUUGGUUUUAUCUUAUGGUUAUGAUGGGGAUUUGCAAAAUGUUGCAAAAAUUAUGCCCAAGGGUGUUCAAACUGUUUUGAUGAGCGCUACAUUGACGAGUGAGGUUGAAACUUUGAAAGGAUUAUUCUGUAGGAACCCUGAGGUACUGAAAUUGGAGGAAGCAGAGGAUGAGGGAGAAGGCGUUAGCCAAUUUGUUGUGAAAUGCGCCGAAGACGAGAAGUUCCUUCUAACAUAUGUCAUAUUCAAAUUGAAACUUAUAAAAGGGAAAUGUAUCAUAUUUGUUGGUGACAUCGAUAGAUGUUAUCGAUUGAAAUUAUUUUUGGAGCAAUUCGGAACAAGAAGUUGUAUUCUCAACUCACAAUUACCUGUCAACUCACGUAUCCAUGUCGUCGAAGAAUUCAACAAGAACGUUUAUGAUAUCAUCAUUGCUUCGGAUGAGCACGAAGUUUUGGGAGAUGAGGACGAACCCAAAUCUAAGGAUGCAGAAGAAGCUGAAGGGGAUGAUGCUGGUGAAGAGAAAGAAGACUCAAAGGAUGCAAAGAAGGAAACCAAGCAACCCUCGAAGAAAAAGCAAAAGACUGGAAAGAAGGAUAAAGAAUACGGAGUAUCGCGAGGAAUUGACUUCAAGAACGUUGCUUGCGUUCUUAAUUUCGAUCUUCCAACAUCGUCCAAAUCAUACACCCAUAGAAUUGGCCGAACCGCUCGAGCAGGCCAGACAGGAAUGGCACUAUCAUUCGUUAUCCCAUCUAACCAAUAUCGAAAACACAAACCGACUAGCAUUGAAUCGGCGAAAAACGACGAGAAAGUUUUGGCGAAGAUUGUCAAGCAUCAAGCGAAGAAGGGCAAAGAGGUCAAACCAUAUAAUUUUGAUAUGAAGCAAGUGGACGCUUUCCGAUACAGAAUGGGUGAUGCACUACGAGCUGUUACGAGUAUUGCGGUCCAGGAAGCAAAAACCCGAGAAAUUAGACAGGAAUUGAUGAAGAGUGACAAGCUCAAACGUCAUUUUGAAGAGAACCCAAGCGACUUGUAUCAUCUUCGUCACGAUGGGGAAUUACGACCUGCUAGAGUACAAGCACAUUUGAAGCAUGUGCCGGAUUAUCUGCUUCCAAAGGAAGGCAAGAAAGGAAUUACCGGUGGAGAUAUUGGAUUUGUGGGAAUGCACAAAACGACUGAAAAUAGAAUUAGAAAGGCUAGGGCGGCCCAUAAGGCGAAGGGACGAGGAAAAGGAAGGAAAUCAGACCCUUUGAAAACUUUCAAGGCGAAGUCGAAGAAGUAA